AUGUCUAUUCGACUCGCCCCUGGCCUGGGGCCUCAGUUAAGGCAGGCGUCCAAUCUUUUGCAACCAUCUGCGGUGGGACAGACCUUCAAACGAACGGCCGCUACCACGUUGAUGAGCCUCAAGCGAGAGGAGCUGCUGGAACAAGAAAACUAUGCUAUUCAACGACAAUUGCCGCGCCAAUGGAAGGUUGGAGAUGUCUAUGCUCCCCAUGAUUUGAGUGGUGCCGAAGCUCGGAAAUGGAGGAAGAGACAUCGACCCACGACCGACGCUUUUGACGCCUUAUCGAUCAAUCCCCUCAGUCUAUACAAGGCAGGUACCUCUUUCUCUUUGGUUAUGAUCCCUGGUUGCUAA